ACUCAGUCUAGCGUCUUUUCGGAGGGUUUCGACUCGAUCCCGAGAGCUCGGGAGGGAGAGCGACGAAGACGAAGGAGGAGAGAGAGAGAGAGAGAGAGAGAGAUAGAGGAGAAACCCUAGCCAUGGCGACGGAGCUCGAGAGGUUGGAGGGGCUGAUCCUCGAAACCAUCCUCUCCAAGCUCGACGCGGUGAACGUCGCCGCAGUCGCCGGCGUCAGCACCCGCCUCCACGCCGCCGCUUCCGACGACGCGCUGUGGCGUCGCUUCUGCGCCCGCGACUUCGACCUCCUCGACCCCCUCGACCCCCAUGGCGGUCCCUGCCCCUCCUUCAAGGCGACAUACAAAGCUUGGUUUAAAUCUUUUGGUAUGUACCCAUUACCGCUAGUUAGAAGAGCAAAGCAGUGUUGGUGUUCACUGAGAAGUUGGUUGGCCGAAAACUUUCCUGAGGCAAAUAGCACUUUGAACAAGGGUGCUUCGGAAGCUGAAAUAAAAUUUGCAGAAGAAGAACUUGGUUUUAAGUUUCCUUUGCCUACAAAGGUACUAUAUCGCUUUUGUAAUGGCCAACGGACAAUGACGGGCAACAGUUCAGAGAAAAGACGCCUGGCUUCGCUUGGUAUUAUAGGAGGCUAUGAAUUUUACGACCACAUAGUAAACAUGCACUUGUUACCUUUGGAAAGAAUAGUCUCCAUAACUAAACUACUCACAAAAGAGCUAGAUUUCCUGGCCAGAAGAAGAUUAAUUUUAGUAGGAGCUUCACUGUACUUUCAGAAGUUUGUUCUACUUGACUGUGAUAGUGGCCAACUUUUCGUUGGCACCAAGAAAUUGAUGUUCAAUGGUGAUAUGAUGCCAUGCGUGCCCAAAGCAUUGGUAAGGCUGGCUGAUGAUACGCCACAAGAUGGUCUGCUGCUGUGGUUGGAAGAACAUUGCCGGCGUUUACAGAGUGGCAUGAUUCGAACUCGUGUCUCAAGAAAAUUAAGAAGUAUCAGUUUGUAUCCAGAAGCACCUCCUUCCUGUUCCUUAGCAGUAACUAAUGGUGUUCAGGUUCGUGCCUCUGCUGUCUUUGUUCCAGAAGCUUCUGAUCCUGAAGGAAAGAGUGACAAUUAUUAUUACACCUACUCAAUCCGCUUGUCUCUUCUCCCUGAGGGCUGCAUGCUAGAUGGGACAUACUUCUCAUGUUGUCAGCUUCAUUCUCGUCACUGGAUCAUUCGUUCCAGAGAUAAUAUAGUUGCUAAUGUACAGGGCGAAGGUGUUAUUGGAAAGUAUCCGCUCUUGCAACCUAAUGGGGAAGAAUUUGUCUAUGAGAGUUGCACCCCCUUGCCCGAGGCACCUGGAUCUGUUGAGGGCUCUUUCACUUUCGUCCCUGGCAGGUUGAGCAAGCCUGAAGGAAGCUUCUUCGAUGUAAAAGUGGCGCCCUUCGUUCUCGAAAAACCCGAGUACAUAUUCUAGCCUUCAUAUGCGAGGUCUACAUGACAGUCUCUUUUGUGGUAUUAAUUAUACAUUUGGAUUGUGUCUAGUUUGUUGCCUGUGCGAGAGAGUUAAUUUAGGGGUCCCAAUAUUCAUAGCAGCUGGACGCCAGUGCUGGACUCCAGCUCUUUUCUCAGCAAGGUUGUAGCCUGUGAUGAUGCAUAGAAUAAUAAUAUGCUUGUAUAGUUUGAUUUUUUUUUU